CAACCAGACUUCCUUGCCGUCUUUACCUGUUCACCUGUCCAUUUCCCUCACAAUUGCCCGAGACUCUCAUCCAAUCAGGAGGCAGCUUAUGCACCUGCGAGGACCAAUGAGGGCGCGGCCUGAGCCCUGCAGCGGGAGGGGAUGUUGGGAUAAAAACUUAACCGUGCUCUUCAGAGAAGUUUCGGGACCAGCAGAGGGAGGAGGGGACCAAGAAGUGAACCGACAGCGAGAAUGAUCGACCCCGAGGUGCAGAGCGCUCCACGGUCGGCAGAGGCUGUGGAGGAGGAGAAGCCGCAGCAGGAGAAGAAAGUGAUAGCCAGUCUAGUUCAAGGCACAGUGAAGUGGUUCAACGUUCGUAAUGGCUAUGGCUUCAUAAACAGAAAUGACACCAAAGAAGAUGUGUUUGUUCAUCAGACUGCAAUCAAGAAGAACAACCCUAGAAAGUUCCUCCGCAGUGUUGGGGAUGGAGAGAUUGUCGAGUUUGAUGUGAUUGAAGCUGCCAAGGGAUCAGAAGCAGCCAACGUGACCGGCCCUGGAGGUGUUCCAGUCAAAGGGAGCCGCUACGCACCCAACAAACGCCGCUUCCGUCGACGGUUCUUCCCUCGUAGCCCUCGACCCGGUGACCAGGACAGACCUGCUGAUGGCCAAGUUCCGGCCGAAGGCGAGGUAUCAGGGGAGAGCAACGGAACGCGACCACCACAGCGCAGACGCAGGCCCUUCAGACCACGACAGAAUAUACAAGAUGGUGACUCCACAGAACAAAAGAAUGGAGAAGCAGAAGGCGAACAAGUGCAGCGGCUGCCACGGCGCAGAUUUUGGCGUCCUUAUCGGAGACCGUUCAGGCCUCGGCCAAAAUCGGAUCAGACUGGAGAGGACCAAGCAGCAGCUCCAGAGCACAGUCAGGAGCAGGAGGAGUUGAAACCAAGGGAGGCCUCCGAAGGCCCACAGACCAAUGGAGAAGUCGGUGAGGCUCAGAAACAACGGCGCCAGAUGAGACCACGCAGACAAAGAAACUCUGAGUCGUCUGCUUCAAAAAAUGACACUGAAAAGUCUGCAUCAGAACCUGGGACCAUGCCUCAGAAUUCAAAAUCAGCUGACCCAAAGUCUACACCUAAAUCUCCUAAAGCACCAAAGUCACCUGAGCAGGUCAUCCCAGCAUCGGCAGAGUCGCAUCAAUGAGAUGACAGUCGUGUGACCCUUGGCAAGAGGUCCUUGGGUUGGAGGACUGGACCUAUUUCAGAACACAUGCACUGCUCUCCCCUCUCCACACUCCCCCCAUCCUCCAACCCAUUUCAUCUCACUGUCGUCCCCUCGGACCCUCCCUCCCUCAUUUUGUGUUGUUGUCAUUCCUCAACUUUCGAUGUAUGCAGAGGGAUGGAAUAGGAUGAGGAAAUGGUUUGCUUGUGGGUGUAUUAAUAAAAUUAGAAUUAAGAAAUUAAAAAAAAAAAAACAUCCUUAAAUACUUGCAUACAUCUGCUUAGAAGCCCAGUUAUUCUGUACCCCCUUUUUGAAAACAGUUUUUCUUUGACAUUUUGCGCCAUCACAUUGUGUAAAGGAACCAGCCUUGAUUUUUAUUUGAUAUUUUUGGGUUGAAGAGGGGGGAACCAAGCAGAUGAGGUUGGUGGUGCAUCAUGGGAGUCAGUUAAGUUGUUGACACCUUGGCAUGUUGAACAUGCUACUCCCUUUAUUGUCCUUGGUUGAGGAUAUGUUGAAAAUAAUCUUUAUUUCUGUUUUACUUAUUUGUGUAUUUGUGUUUUUCUCUGGAGGGGAUAAUGUGCAAUGUUGUUGUGUUAAAGUGCAAAUGAAUAAAUUGUGUUCGCAAA